CCCCACCCCUCCCUGUCCUGUCCUGUCGUGCCGUCCAUCCUUCCAUCCUCCCCGUCGCCAUGCCCAUCUUCACCCUGCAGACCAACGUCAGCCGGGCCGCCGUGCCCGCAGCCCUGCUCGGCGAGCUCACCCAGCAGCUGGCCCAGGCCACCGGAAAGCCCGCUCAGUACAUUGCGGUGCACAUCUCCCCGGACCAGCUGAUGGCCUUCGGGGGCACCUCCGACCCCUGCGCCCUCUGCAGCCUGCACAGCAUCGGCAAGAUCGGGGGACCGCAGAACAAAACUUAUUCCAAGCUGCUCUGUGGUCUCCUCACCAAGCACCUGAACAUCCCUGCAGACAGGGUCUACAUCAACUACUAUGACAUGAACGCCGCCAACGUAGGCUGGAACGGCUCCACCUUCGCCUGAGCUUCCACCCCGCCCCCACCACAGCCUCCCCGCCCCCUUGACCGCCGUCGCAACCCCACCGGACCCUUGACCUCAGCUCUUCCGUGUCCCUCAUCAAAGGGUUGGCGCUUCUCCUCUCGCACCGUCGGGCUGCUGCCGUGACCUCCGGCCCCUAGGUAGAAGACAAAUAAAUGACUUCAGAAAGAA